ACAGUCAACAUUUGUCCACGAUCAUACAUUGAUCGUUGUUCAUUAAUAUUACUGUUCCUCAUUUGACGGAAAAAGUGUGAUCUUGGGGUAGUGCAAAAACUUCUCAUCUUCCUCAUCUUCCAAGAUAUCUUCUUCGCCAGCGUUUUCGAUUUUUAUUCAUAUUCAAGCAAUUCUCCCCAUUGAUCGAAUACUUGGACAAUUUAUUUGUAUAUACACAACUGAAAAUAUUGUAUAGAUAAAAGUUUAAGUCGUACAUGAACAUAAUAUUUUGUCGCGCAAUUAAUUAAUAUUAAAAAUUAAUUUUAUAUCGUUGUUUUAGAUAAUAUAAAGUACGAUAUAAUUCAUUUAGCAACUAUAUCACAACCGAACGUUCUGAAAAUUUUAUCUUUUAUUGUAGAAAAAUCUUUUUAUGUGCAUUGUACAUUGAUAAAAAAACAAUUUUAAUUUGAUUGAUUAAGACAUAAUACAAUUUAUUGAAUGCAUUUAUUUGUGAUACGGUGAUAUAAUUUUGAGUAAUUUGUUUGAGCAUAUUCAAAAUCUUAUAUCUAGGGAUCUGGAAUAAGAAUCUAGCAAAAUGGUUGGGAAUAAGUCGAAGGAUUUUACUAUAGAAAAUAACGUUUACAAAGGAGAAAUAUUGCCUUAUACAAGUAAUUAUAAGAGUCUUGGAGAGAUGGUAUGGUUCAAGAUUAAAAGCCAUGGAGAUAAAGUUGCACAUUUAGACGCACGCACGGAAGAAACGGUUACAUAUGCGGAGCUACAAGACAAAGUUGUAAGAUGCGCAUUAUGGCUUCAAAAGCAAGGAAUCAAGUCCGACGAUGUUGUCAGUGUGUGUACACAUAAUCAUCUUAAUUCUAUUGUACCUUGCUUGGCAGCAGUUUACGUCAACGCGAUUUUUAAUCCGUGGAACGAAAAUAUGGAUUUCCAAACCGCGCUGCAUGUCUUGCAGCUAACUAGACCAAAAGUAAUCUUCUGCAGCGAGAAACCUACAAACGUUAUCUUGAAUGCGAUAAAGGAGAAUAACUGCAACCUCACAAUUGUGGUUUUCGGACAUCAUCCCGACGCAAUCUCCUUUUCCGAUAUUUUGAACACUUGCAGCGAUGCUGAAGUAGUGAAUUUUCGAUAUAUCGAGCUCGACGACCUCAAGAAAACGGUGUGCAUUUUGCACUCCUCAGGUACCACGGGAAUGCCGAAAGGUGUUGAAAUGUCCCAUUACUGUCUGUUACUCAUUAGCGAAAUCAAAAAUCUGGACCUGACUAACGCAGUUUCGAUCUGGUUCUCAUCACUUUACUGGAUCAGCGGAGUGAUGAUGAACUUCAAAGCAAUCGCGCAGGGCGCCAAAGUGAUCAUCUACCCAGAAUUCGACGAAGAGAUGACGUGUUUACUUAUUAAAAAAUAUAAGGUAACAUUCAUUUUCCUAAGCACAAGCAUGAUAAGUCGAUUUCUCAGAGCGGGUUACGUAAACAAAUAUCCAUUAUCAUCUUUGAAAGUCAUAGUCUACGGUGGUGCAGCAAUGAAACCGAAAACGCAAGAAGAUAUUAAACGUAUUUUACCACACGUCCACAUGAUACAAGGUUACGGAAUGACGGAACUUGGUGGAAUUGCGACAAUGCAACUUCCGAAUCACAAAAAUGGAUCUUGCGGGACAGUAAUCCAAAAUGUGCAAAUAAAAAUCGUCGAUCCAGAAAACGGAAAGGUUCUUGGUCCAAAUCAGUCGGGAGAAGUGUGGAUAAAGACGGCGACUAUGAUGAACGGCUAUUACAGAAAUCCUGAAGCGACAAAAAAUACAAUUGAUAAAGAAGGAUGGCUGCAUUCAGGUGACAUUGGUUAUUUCGAUGAAGACGGGGAAUUGUUUAUUAUUGAUAGGAUUAAAGAGCUUAUAAAGUAUAGAGGAUGCCAAAUCUCACCCGGAGAAAUUGAAGAUGUGUUACUAUCACAUCCGGCAGUGCUGGAAGCUGCAGUAGUAGCAGUACCUCAUGAAACAGAUGAUGAGCAUCCUAUUGCUUAUAUCACUAAAAAACCCGACGUCAAGGUGACGAAGCAAGAAUUAAUAGAUUUUGUGGCGAAUAACAUGAUGGAUCAAUACAAGCUUCGUGCUGGCGUGAUAUUUUUGGACACUUUUCCAUAUACAGGUUCAGGAAAAAUUGCGAGAAAAGAUUUGAAAGCAAUGGCUAAAAAACUAACUGUGAAAUAAAAAAAUUAUUAAUUAUAAUUAUAUUUAUUAUAAUUAUAAUUAAAAUUACAUAUAAUUAUAAUAUAUAUUAUAUCUUUCUCACAAACAAUACAAAAUUUAUAGAUAUAUAUAAUUUAUAGCCAGAAAUUUCUUCCAAAUUAUAGAUGUUAUGAAUGGAAUAUAUCUAUAGAUUGUGAUUAAUCAACUUUAAAAUAACAUGUUAAUGUAGUUAUCUUUUAAAUGUUAGAGACGUUGAUGUAGAUAAAAAAAUGUAAUAUGUGUUUGUUAAAUGUUAUGACAUAUGAUUGCGUUUGAUAAUUUAUUUAGCAAAUAUUAUGUACACAUCAAGUUUAAAAAAAAAGAUUAUUCAAUAAAACUUUGUUUUACAUUGAUAAUAAAUUUUGUUUAAAAUUGUCUUAUAGAGAAAAAACAUAAAUUAUGAAUUAUUUAUUGAUUAGUUGUUUCACGAUCGAUAGUUCUACCUUUAAUCGAAUUGCAGGCACGUAAAGAAAAAGUAAUCUUAAUAAGUAAGUAAUAAAUAAUUUAU